AUGGCUGAAAACGUCACGUCAACAACUGUCAAUAUUUCGGAUGAACAGAAUGCAGAUUCAUUUAAUAAAGAUAGAGAUGUUACUUUAGCACCAGAUAAUGAAAAAGUAUCUAUAGAUCCUACAGUGCCAAAAGUUCAAAUGUCAAAAUCAAAAGUAUUAUUGGCGUUCCUGGGUCUUGCCUUGAGUAUUCUUUUGGCCGCUUUAGAUCAGACCAUUGUUGCUACAGCUUUGCCAAAAAUUGCUCAAGAUUUCAGUGCUUUGGAUCAAAUUUCAUGGGUUGGAAGCGCGUAUUUGCUUACUGCGACAGCAUUUCAACCGACCUAUGGAAAAUUUUCAGAUAUUUUUGGUAGAAAAUCUACUUUCUUGACGGCUAUCGUUUUAUUUGAAUUAGGUUCAUUGUUAUGUGGGUUAGCAACAAAUAUGGAUAUGUUAAUUAUUGCGCGUGCUAUCGCUGGCUUAGGAGGUGGCGGUAUCUUUGGUCUUGUAUUAAUAAUAAUCUCAGAAAUCGUAUCAUUACAAGAUCGUGGAAAAUAUCAAGGGAUGAUAGGAGGAGUUUUUGGUAUCUCUUCAGUUAUUGGUCCACUUCUUGGAGGUGCAUUCACCGAUCACGCUUCGUGGAGAUGGGCAUUCUACAUUAAUUUACCACUAGGAGCAAUAGCAAUUAUUUUUGUGAUAGCGUUUCUUCACCUCCCACAUCCGGAAGGAUCUCUAGUUGACAAACUAAAACGUAUAGAUUGGUUUGGUACCAUUUUUAUUGCCGCCUCAACAGUUUGUGUAUUGUUACCAUUAAAUUGGGGUGGAAACACAUAUGAAUGGGAUUCUCCAGUGAUCAUUGUGUUAUUCUGUGUCGGUGGUGUUGGAUAUAUUAUAUUUGCAUACAUUGAAGGAUGGGUAGCAAAGGAACCACUUGCUCCAGGGAGGUUAUUUAGGAAUAGAACCGUUGCUGCAUGUUUUAGUGUUAAUUUUUGGCAGGGAAUGGCAUUCUUUUCGUUAACUUACUUUGUCCCAUUAUUUUAUCAAAUUGUAAAAGGCGAUACUGCAACCGAAUCUGGUCUUGAACUUUUACCACUAAUCUUAGGUGUAGUUAUAGCAUCAAUUUUUUCAGGCCAAUUGGCAUCUCGCACCGAAUUAAUUUCAUAUAAAGCAUAUUGCAUAUUUGGAGCAGUAUUGAUAACAGUAGGUAGUGGAUUGAUAAGCACCUUUGACGAAAAUUCAAAUCGUGGAAAACAAAUUGGAUACUUAUUGAUUGCUGGUGUUGGCGUAGUCGGGGCAGUUUUUGGUAUAGCUAUUUUUGGUACAAUAUUUAAUAAUCAGAUGAUAAAAAAUCUUGAGCCGAUACUUGGCGAGCUACCAUCAGCGGAUCCAAUUGGUCUAUUACCAACCUUAUCUAAUGAAAUGAGAAUGAAAGUCAUCAAUGCAUUCGUGGAUGCGUUGAGUAUAUCGUUUAAAUUUUUAAUUCCUGUGGGCAUAUUAUGUUUAAUAUCUGCAUUUAUAAUGAGAAACGUGAAACCUACAUUAUAUGGCAAGAAAAAUGAAAAUGUAGUAAUCGGAGAACUAUAA